GAUACCGAUUAUUAUAUUAGUAGUCAAGGAGGUCAAUGCUGGAGACAGUGUAGUGACUGCAGACAGAGAGGCACCGCUGCAUCAGAACCAAAAUAACUGCGUGUGAUCUUUUUACGCUACAUUAGAAGCAGACUAUGAAUGUUUCAUCAGGUGAGUGCAGUUGUCAUAAUGCAUUCACAGCAGCAAAUGGCAGCAGGUAUUUCUCAGUUGAGGAUUCUCUUGAAUGAAGGGAGCGGUUACUGAAAAAUUCAGCAUCACCAACACACCUAUUGACGAUAUAUAAGUGACAUAUGUUAAUAUUUGGCGUUCAGCUGUUAAAGCUAAAUCGUUGUUUAGUGGGACUCCUGAAUAGAGCGUAGUCAUCGUCAAAGGUACUAGUGCUUUUCCUAGUAUGUCAAGCCAUAAUGAAUAAAGUUAAAAUAAUGAAGAUGUAGUUUUGUGUCGCGUGUUAUCAGCUAAAAUAGUAAUCAUACUAUUUAAACCCUCAGGAAACUCUAGUAUCAUAGCACUUGUGUAUCAUGGGAAGGAUAAUGAAGGGACAGAGACAUCAGUUAAAAUUAAAAAGACCAACACAAACAGGUUGUAAAGAUAUUCAGGCUAAGGAGGAAAUUCACCUACGAGUGACGUGCUCUGUCAUAAGCAUAAAGAAAGGCUUUUGUAUGCUUUUUGCAUAGUGUACAAAACCCAGUUUUCCCUGCCCAACCAGUUUUCUUCUAUCGUGACCCGAGCAUGCCAAGUGCAGGUUUUGUCAUGUCAGGCAAAGCACUGUCCCACAGCAUGUUUCUAACCUCUGGAAAAAUGUGAUGGCAUGUGUUCUUCAUCUGAAAAACAACAAAUUUUUUGCGUAGUUUUGUGUGUUUUCAUGCUUCAGUAUCUGAAUAUGUGGAGAGCCCAAGAAGAAAGGCUCAGAGAAAGGAUGGAGAGAGAAAAGGUCACAGAGCAGAAUCAGUGUAAGAGGAAGUUGAGAGUGUGUGUGGCAACAUGCAACAGAGCGGACUACUCCAAGCUGGCCCCCAUCAUGUUUGGGAUCAAAUCGCACCCAGAUGAGUUUGAACUGGAAGUCGUGGUGCUUGGUUCACAUCUCAUUGAUGACUAUGGGAACACUUUCCGUAUGAUUGAGCAGGAUGACUUUGACAUCGGCUCCAAGCUCCACACCAUUGUGAGAGGGGAGGAUGAGGCAGCCAUGGUGGAGAGUGUUGGGCUGGCGCUGGUGAAACUCCCUGACGUCCUACAGAGGCUGUGCCCUGACCUCCUGAUCGUCCACGGUGACCGGUUUGAUGCUCUCGCUCUGGCAACCGCUGCAGCGCUGAUGAACAUUAGAAUACUUCACUUGGAGGGGGGCGAGGUGAGUGGUACGAUUGAUGACUCAAUCCGCCACGCCAUAAGUAAACUGGCCCAUUACCACGCUUGCUGCACACGCAGGGCAGAGAAGUACCUCAUUGCCAUGUGUGAGGACCACUCUCGCAUCUUACUGGCUGGCUGCCCUUCAUACGACAAGCUGCUGUCAACUCAUCACAGAGAGGACUACAUGGAUAUUAUCAAGAGCUGGCUAGGUGACAAGGUGCAGGAGCAUGACUACAUUGUGGCUUUGCAGCACCCGGUCACCACAGACAUCCAGCACUCCAUUAAGAUCUAUGGAUUGAUGCUGGAUGCCUUAAUCUGCUUUAACAAGAAGACCCUCAUUCUCUUCCCUAACAUUGAUGCUGGUAGCAAGGAGAUGGUGCGCGCGAUGCGGAAGAAGGGCAUCGAGCAGCACCCCAACUUCCGAGCAGUGAAGCACAUUCCCUUUGAGCAGUUCAUCCAGCUGGUCUGCCACGCCGGCUGUAUGAUCGGAAACAGCAGCUGUGGGGUGCGAGAGGCCGGGGCUUUCGGCACCCCUGUCAUUAACCUGGGAACAAGGCAAACUGGCAGAGAGACAGGUGAAAAUGUUCUACAUGUCAGAGAUGCCGAUACAUACAAUAAGAUCUACCACGCUCUGGAGCUGCAGUUUGGAAAGAGAUACCCCUGCUCUAAGAUUUAUGGUGAUGGGAACGCAGUGCCUCGUAUUCUCAAGUUUCUGCGUACAAUUAACCUGGACGAGCCCCUCCAGAAGACCUUCUGUUUCCCCCCGGUGAAAGACUCCAUCUCCCAGGACAUAGAUCACAUCCUGGAGACGCAGAGUGCUCUGUCUGUUGACCUGGGGGGGACCAACCUCAGAGUGGCUAUCGUUUGCAUGAUGGGUAAGAUAGUAAAGAAGUAUACUCAGCCCAAUCCAAAGACCUUUGAGGCCAGGAUGCAGCUCAUAUUAAAGAUGUGCUCUGAGGCCAUGCUGGAUGCUGUCCGCCUCAACUGCAGAAUACUUGGUGUCGGAGUGUCCACAGGUGGGCGUGUAAAUGCACAAGAAGGUGUGGUCCUACACUCAACACAGUUAAUCCAGGAAUGGUCAUCAGUGGACCUGAGAACGCCCAUCUCUGAUGCCCUGCACCUACCCGUCUGGGUCGACAACGACGGCAACUGCGCUGCAUUAGCUGAGAGGAAGUUUGGUCAUGGCAGAGGAGUGGAGAACUUUGUGACAGUCAUCACAGGAACAGGUAUUGGAGGAGGGAUUAUCCAUAACAGCGAGCUGGUCCAUGGCAGCACCUUCUGUGCUGCAGAGCUGGGUCAUAUCAUGGUUUCGCUAGAUGGCCCAGAGUGUUCAUGUGGCAGUCGUGGGUGCAUAGAGGCCUAUGCAUCUGGCCAGGCUUUGCAGAGAGAGGCUAAAAGGCUGCACGAUGAGGACCUGCUAAAGGUGGAGGGGAGGGAUAUGAAGCUUUUGGAGCCCGUGACUGCUGCCCACCUCAUCAACGCAGCCAAACUGGGGAACUCCAAAGCUGAGGCUGCUCUGAACAAGGCUUCCACAGCUCUGGGUGUGGGGAUCAUCAACAUCCUGCACAUAGUGAACCCCUCACUAGUGAUUCUGUCUGGAGUCCUGGCCUCUUACUACCAAGCCCCAGUGCAGCAGGUCAUCACCGAGAGAGCCCUCUUCUCUGCCCAGAGCAUCAAAGUUCUCACAUCAGACUUGGAGGAACCUGCAUUACUUGGGGCUGCUAGCCUGGUCUUAGACUAUGCAACCCGAAGGACAUAUUGAAGGAUAUAGUCCUUAUUCACUUAGGACCGCUACCAACAAGACAACUGCAAAACUGAAAGAAAAGCACCUAACUGAACUUCCCAGAUAGAUACAUAAGCAUAUCUAAGGGAUACAUUUUGAAGUGUGAAAGCGCUAGCGAUUUUUUUUUUUUUUUCCCCCUGCUUGUUGAUAACCUUGAUGAAGACAGUUUUACUUGUGUUGUCUACAAAAAUACAAAUUCUCAAGCCUGUGAGAAUCAUGCCUUCACUAUGUCAGAUGUUGGCAAUAUAGUAGCCCAGAUACUUCAGGUGUGAGGUGGGUUCAUUAUGUGGACCAGAAAUCCCACCUGUCUUUCAUACCUACAUAGGCAAGGUUUAAUCAAGCCUCAGAGACUUUUCUUUUUAGAAAAAAGCAUCAGUUUUUGAGUAAGCUACAAAGCCAUCUUCAAGCCAAAAUGACCCAUACAGGACAAGGCUCACCCACUUUACUUUUGAUGUGAUGUGCUUUUUUUAUGGAAAAGACUGUUAAGAAAUGGAUAGCUUGUUUCAGAUGUGACCAAAAAUAUUGCUGAAACAUGCUCCUGUAGCUUCCUCUCUAUUCUCUGUGAAUGCUAUGAAUUUGUGUCUUUUUUCCAGAUAAGGGUGAUUGUCCAGUUAUUGUAUUACAUUUCCAUGUUGUGUUAUUAAUUUAAUUUAAUAACUUCAGUGAUGCUUGCGGACCUGACUGCAUCACUGUCAUGCUCAAAUGACGUUAAAGCACACCCUCUCGGUUAAUAUUGCUUAAUUUAUUGUGUUGGUAAAAAAAAACAAAAGCUUUAAGAAGGUUACUAUGGUGAUGGUUUUGGAUGUUUUAGGGGUAAUAAGUCAUUAUCAUAAAAUCAAUAUAAAUAUUUGCUCAUAUUAAUGGGCAGCAACUGUCUUAGUCUAAUUGCUGCUACUGUACGAUGAUGAGGGCAAUACCAAUACUUGCUUAAGAUAUACGCAAGAAAUUGACUUUACAAUCCACAGUGUUGUUGCCCUCUUGGGGUUUUUGCAACUUUCUAGUCACCAAGUAUUAACAGCCUUGAAAUAUUUAUAAAUGUAUGUUCACUGGUACAUAAAGGAGAGUCUGAUUUAUAUAUUUUUUAAAAAGGUUCGAUGUAAAGAGUGUGAGAAGAUUUUAAAAAUCUGAUACUGGGGUGAUGUGUUUCUGGGGGUCCAGUAGAGUAAAGAAGUUGACAAAGCUUUCUAUUUAAUUUAAUUGGUUUUCAAUUAAACGAUUCCAUAAGUUUUCCCAGUUGCACCUUUUACUUUGUAACAGUAACUGCAACAUUUCUGUGUGCACAUCACAUGAGUCUCCUGGAUAUUUAAACUGAACGAAAUAUUCAGUCACUUAACAUUGUUUAGUUGUUUUGUUAAGUAGUAAAUGGGAUUUUUGCUUUGUAAGCAUGGGCACUGGUUGUAACUGUGUUGGCUUCAGCAUUCCCAUAUCUGUUAUUGGAGCUCAGAGCACAGAAUUGCAGUAUCUCAGUCUUCCACAAACAUCUUGUGGAUGAUUAGUGAUUGUACCCUGUGAACUGGGUUUAGUGAAUUUUCCACAAGUGACCUCUUAUUAUGAAGUCAUUUCAGUUCUGUUGUUUGCGUAUUUUGAUAUGAAUUUGUAUGCCUGAAUUACAAUCAUCAUAAGCAGUUGAGGUGACAUAAUGUAAACUGUAUUUUUAUCACUUCUUUUUUUGUCUUUUUAAUCUUUUUAGCCACUCAGUCCCCAUUUAUGUCCCAAGACUUCAAAACCAUAAUCAUAUGAAAUGUUACAGCUCUGUAAAACUGUGCACCUGUAUCAGCAAAGAGCCAUGCCUUUAUUGUCUUUAGACUGUGGCGGAAGUGAUCUCUGUAAAGUUUGCAACAACUGGA